CAGGAAUUAUAUUGAACAUUGCUGUGCCACAAAUUGAUUCAACCAUGACGAAAAUUGGUGGAACGCUUAAUGUAAAAGGUUUAACUUACGGCCAUGCAGGGCCCGUUCGUUUUCUAACAUCAGUUGAUAUCGCAACACCAGAAAAUUCUUCCACGCAGACAUCUUCACUAACAAAAACGUUAGUGUUAAGUGGUGGUGAUGGUUUUGAAGAUUAUCAAAAUUAUGAUGAAUCAUUAGGCAAAGAUGAUGCAACGUCUCAUGUUAUUCUAUGGCAACUAUGA